AUGGCUGAGAAGGCCACCGAGGAGAAGGGGCUGCAGAGAGGGGCUGCUCCCCAGGAUGACUUGGGUCUCCAGGACAGCUUGUUCUCCUCUGAAAGUGACAACAGCCUGUACUUCACCUACAGUGGCCAGUCCAACACUCUGGAGAUCAGAGACCUCAACUACCAGGUGGACAUGGCCUCCCAGGUGCCUUGGUUUGAGCAGCUGGCACAGUUCAAGAUGCCUUGGACAUCUCGCAACAGUCAAGAUUCUUGCGAUCUGGGCAUCAAGAACCUGAGCUUCAAAGUGAGGAGUGGGCAGAUGCUGGCCAUCAUAGGGAGCUCAGGCUGUGGGAGAGCCUCUUUGCUGGACGUGAUCACCGGCCGAGGCCAUGGUGGCAAGAUUAAGUCAGGCCAAAUCUGGAUCAACGGGCAGCCCAGCACGCCUCAGCUGGUGGGGAAGUGUGUGGCCCAUGUGCGCCAGCACGACCAGCUGCUCCCCAACCUGACUGUCCGGGAGACCUUGGCCUUCACUGCCCAGCUGCGCCUGCCCAAAGCCUUCUCCCAGGCCCAGCGCGACAAGAGGGUGGAGGACGUGAUCGCGGAGCUACGGCUGCGACACUGUGCUGACACACGCGUGGGCAACACCUACGUGCGUGGCGUGUCAGGGGGCGAGCGCAGGAGAGUCAGCAUUGGGGUGCAGCUUCUGUGGAACCCAGGAAUCCUCAUCCUGGACGAGCCCACCUCUGGGCUGGACAGCUUCACCGCCCACAACCUGGUGAAAACCUUGUCCAGGCUGGCCAAGGGCAACAGGCUCGUGCUCAUCUCCCUCCACCAGCCUCGGUCUGACAUCUUCAGGCUGUUCGAUCUGGUCCUCCUGAUGACGUCUGGCACCACCAUCUACCUGGGGGCCGCCCAGCACAUGGUACAGUACUUCACGACCAUCGGCCAGCCCUGUCCCCGCUACAGCAACCCUGCUGAUUUCUACGUGGACUUGACCAGCAUCGACAGGCGCAGCAGAGAGCAGGAACUGGCCACCAGGGAGAGGGUUCGGUCACUUGCGGCAUUGUUCCGAGAAAAAGUGCGUGACUGUGAAGACUUUCUGUGGAGAGCGGAGCACAAGGACCGUGACGUGGGCACCUGUGCGGAGAGCCCAGCCCUGCCGUGGGACCCCGACUGCCUCCUGACUCCCACGAAGCUGCCCGGGGCGGUGCAGCAGUUUACCACGCUGAUCCGUCGUCAGAUUUCCAAUGACUUCCGAGACCUGCCAACCCUCCUCAUUCACGGUACAGAGGCCUGCCUGAUGUCGCUGACCAUCGGGUUCCUUUAUUACGGCCACGGAGCCAUCAAGCUGUCCUUCCUGGACACGGCAGCCCUCUUGUUCAUGAUUGGAGCGCUCAUUCCUUUCAACGUGAUUCUGGAUGUCAUCUCCAAAUGUUACUCGGAGAGGGCAAUGCUUUACUAUGAACUGGAAGAUGGGCUGUACACCGCUGGUCCAUAUUUCUUUGCCAAGAUCCUAGGGGAGCUUCCGGAGCACUGUGCCUACGUCAUCAUCUAUGGGAUGCCCACCUACUGGCUGGCCAACCUGCUGCCGGGCCCAAAGCCCUUUGUGCUGCACUUCUUGCUAGUGUGGCUGGUGGUUUUCUGCUGCAGGGUCAUGGCCCUGACCACCGCCGCCCUGUUCCCCACCUUCCACAUGGCCUCCUUCUUCAGCAACUCUCUCUACAAUUCCUUCUUCCUCACCGGGGGCUUCAUGAUAAGCUUGGAUAGCCUGUGGACAGUGCCUGCAUGGAUUUCCAAGGUGUCCUACCUCCGAUGGUGUUUCGAAGGGCUGAUGCAGAUUCGGUUUAAGGGGCAGGUGUACACCACGCAGGUCGGCAACCUCACCUUCUCGGUCCCAGCAGAUGUGAUACUCGGUGCCAUGGGCCUGAACUCCUACCCGCUCUACGCCGUCUACUUAAUCAUCAUUGGCAUCAGCAGUGGCUUCAUGGUCCUGUACUAUGUGUCCUUAAGAUUCGUCAAGCAGAAAUCAAGUCAAGACUGGUGA